CCCUUUGAACACCCAUGACCUUGACCUUUCAAGACUCCAAACAGAUAAAGGACAUGUCCCUCCUCACUCACGUCUUAGCCUGCCUGUUUGGAAUGGGCUCCUGGGUGACCAUUUGUGGACUUUGGGUUGAGCUGCCCCUCAUUGUCCCUCAGGUGCCUGAAGGCUGGUACCUUCCCUCCUGUCUCUCCAUCCUGACCCAGAGUGCUAAUGUUGGUCCUCUGUUUGUCACCCUGAUGCACCGAUUCCGACCAGGAAAGCUCAAUGAAACUGCUGUGAUCUACUUCAUUAUUAGUUUUGGGACCCUCUCAAGCCUCCUCUUAGCUUUCGUCUGGAAGGAGACAGUUGUUAUUCAAGGAGUUGAGCGUAGCAUUUAUUUCCUGAUCCUGACCUUCUUCAUCGCCACUGUGGACUGCACCUCAUCAGUUACUUUCCUACCAUUCAUGAUGCAGCUCAAGCCAGAGUAUCUCACCACUUAUUAUGUAGGUGAAGGUUUGAGUGGACUGAUCCCGGCUGUAGUGGCUCUGAUUCAAGGAGUAGGUGUCAUGCAAUGUGUCAAUAGCACCCAAAAUUUCAGUCCCAAUGAAACAAUAAAUGGAUCUUUGGACUCGACUAAUUACCUCAUACCGCACUACUUACCAGCCAACUUUUCAGCUCAGGCUUUCUUUAUCUUCCUGGCAGCAAUGAUGUUUGUCACCUUAGUGGCCUUCCUGCUUUUGAACAAACUCCCAACAGUAGCUCAAGAGCACUCAAUCAGCCUCAAAUACCAAGGUGCUAUGAGAAAGUCGGACUUUGUGGAGGAAAAGAAAAGUCCCGAACAGAAGCCCAUGAUGAAUUCUCGAAAUGGCAUCCAGAAGUUCAGUGGGAUGUUUGGAAAGGGAACCUACACAUGGGCACAAAUUGUAUACAUCUUCAUCAACUUGGCCUGGGUGAAUGCUCUGACCAAUUCAGUGUUACCAUCUGUUCAGUCCUACUCGUGUCUGCCUUAUGGAAACCGUGCUUAUCAUUGGUCUGCUACUAUGGCCUCCUUAGCAAACCCAGUGACCUGCUUCAUUGCCAUGUUUUACACUCAAAGGUCAUUGGUGCUGAUGGGCUUUCUGACUGCUUUUGGCUCGGUUAUUGGCAUUUAUAUCAUGGUCAUGGCAGUGCUGAGUCCCUGUCCACUUCUGGUCAAUCACAUUUCUGGAGCCAUUCUAAUAGUGGCAGCUUGGACAUGUUUUAUCCUCAUACUGUCCUAUGUGAAGGUGAUCGUUGCCGUGAUCUUGCGUGAUGAAGGUCACAGUGCUCUCGUAUGGUGUGGUGCAGUAGUCCAGUUGGGCUCACUGCUGGGAUCUGUGAUCAUGUUCCCUUUAAUCAAUGUGUUCGACGUUUUCUCUUCAGGAGACCCAUGUAACACUAGGUGCUAA